AUGGUUUCGCCCUUUUCUGCGGAUGCAAUAUUCCAAGACAGUGAAACUAAACAGGAUGACAAAUUGGAUAUAAUCGAGAAACUACAGCAAAUACCACAAACUCCAGUGGUAGAAGAAUUUGCAACUCACCAUCCAAGUACAAUUCCUAUUCCAACAUCUCCAGACACGGGAUCAAAAGAGAACUUUUUCCCCUAUAAGCAAUCCCCUAAUAACAAAAGAUUUAAAAUUAUGCACAAACCUGAAAGAGAAACGGAAACCAAUGCCAUACUGAAAUAUCGCCUAUCAGCUGGUAGAUCAACCACCCCCCUGUCUGCAUCUCAUGCUAAACAUGGUAGUGAAAAUCUCAUUUCAAGGCUUUCUAGAAUUGAAUCUGACCAACUGCAAAGGCUCUUCAAGCUUCACCACUCAAUUGAUCAACAGAGAGAUGAGCUUCUGAAAAUCUCAACUACAAUUAUGACCUUGCAAACCCAAAGGUCUACGUUCGAGUUCGAGUAUUUCAAGCAACAAGACCAAUUGAUUAAGCUUAAGCAACAGUUAGUGGUGGUUGAAAAUGAAAUAGCUGAACUCAAAGAACACGAAAGAGACUCCCUCAAAGAAAUUGAUAAUAAGUUUGAGCUUCAUGCGAAGACUUUGAAUUUGCAUCACGAACAAGAACUUAGAGACUUGAAGAAUCGAGUCUCGGUGGAGAUCGAAGUUCUCAUUAAAGAAUCACUUAAAAAGAACCAGCAAGAACUAUUAAACCUGAGAGCAAGAGCUGACGAGUUGGAGUUGAAAAUUAAGAACAGCGAGCAAGACUUGAAUAGAAAACUAAUCAAGUUGAAGGAAGAUCACAGCAUGAAACUAAUCUCUUUGGACAAAUCUAUGGAUGAAAGCUUGAAAUCUUUACAAGAAGAGUUGGAUAACUUGGAACAGCUAAAGGAGUCAAGAUUGAACCAAAUUGCUGAGAUGGAAGCAAGGUUACUGGGGGACAUAGAACCAUUGUUGAAAAUUGAAACGGAAAAGCUCAAUGAAGUCAUGUCGAUAUCUGCAGUUCAAGUACAGAAUAUAAAAUCCAUAGAAGAUGAAGUACGUGAUAUGGAAGAUUCCAUAGAAUCCAUUGAAAGUAAAUUCAAUGAAAACACAAUGGAAUUCAACAAAUUGAGAGCGGAAGAAAUCUUGUAUAAUGAAAAAUUCGGUAAUCAAGAGCUUCAAAGAAGACAACUUCAUAAUAAGCUACAAGAAUUAAAGGGGAAUAUACGAGUAUUUUGUAGAAUUAGGCCGAUAAUACUGAAAGAAGGAAUAGACGAUAUGAUACCUUUCCAUAUAUCAGGUGAUAAUAUGCUUACACUGGAUGGUAAAACAGCACUCACUGUUGAAAAGCCAAAUGCUAAGGAAGUAUCUAAGAGGGCAGGAAUGUCACCUCAAAAAUCAUCUUAUAAAUUUGAGUUUGACCAAGUAAUUCCUCCUUCUUCUACGAACCAUGAAAUAUUUGAAGAGUUGUCUCAAUUGAUACAAUCAGCAUUAGAUGGAUUCAAUGUCUGUGUUUUCGCUUACGGUCAGACAGGUUCUGGUAAGACGUGGACAAUGUCAAACCCCCAAGAUGGAAUGAUUCCAUUAUCGAUCUAUAAAAUCUUCCAAGAUAUUGAAGUGCUCAAGUCAAGUGGUUGGGAGUACGAAGUAGAUGGUCAAUUUCUAGAAAUCUAUAAUGAAUCGAUAAUGGAUCUAAUAGGUAGCCAGAGUCAAUAUGGGAAUAAUUUCAAGUAUGAAAUCAAACAUGACGAUGUCAAUGGCACAACUAAUGUGACUAAUAUUACAACUGUCUCAUUGACAUCUCCUUCACAGGUAAAUCUGAUCUUAGAAAGGGCUCACCGAAAUAGAUCUACAGCUUCUACAAAAUCUAACGAAAGAUCGUCUAGGUCACAUUCAAUAUUUAUCAUAAAAAUUAAAGGCAAAAAUGCAGAAAAAGGCAUUCAUUGUAAUGGAACUUUAAAUCUCAUAGAUUUGGCAGGCUCAGAGAGAAUUUCUAACUCUCAAGUAACUGGCGAUAGAUUAAAAGAGACGCAAGCAAUCAAUAAAUCAUUGUCUAGUUUAGGAGAUGUCAUAUAUGCACUAGCACAGGAGCAACAGCAGAAACUGUUGCAGCUGCUGCAUAUUCCUUAUAGAAAUUCAAAGUUAACAUAUCUUUUAAAGAAUAGUUUAGGGGGAAAAUCCAAAACUCUCAUGUUUGUGAAUGUAUCUCCAGCUCAAACCCAUUUUAACGAGACUUUAAAUUCAUUACGGUUUGCAACUAAGGUAAAUAGUACAAAAUUAAAUGGUAAGCCUAAACUAGUUAUGAAGGACAACUUAAAAUACGAACAACCAUGA